CGGCGCGCCCGCGCCCGCGCCUGCGCGCUGGGCAGCGAGCGGCCUCCAGCGGCCCGGAGGGAGUUGUUGCAAGCAGAAGAUACACAAUAUUUUUUUUACGAUGUCUGAAGAUGAAGAAAAAGUGAAGUUACGACGUCUUGAACCAGCUAUCCAGAAGUUCAUUAAGAUAGUAAUUCCAACUGACUUGGAGAGGUUAAGAAAGCAUCAGAUAAAUAUUGAAAAGUAUCAAAGAUGCGGAAUCUGGGACAAGCUACACGAAGAACAUAUCAAUGCAGGACGCACGGUUCAGCAACUUCGCUCCAAUAUCCGAGAAAUGGAGAAGCUUUGCUUGAAAGUUCGAAAGGACGACUUAAUACUUCUGAAGAGAAUGAUAGAUCCUAUUAAAGAAGAUGCAGCAGCAGCAACUGCCGAAUUUCUCCAGCUCCAUCUGGAAUCUGUAGAAGAACUUAAGAAACAGUUUAAGGAUGAGGAAACAUUAUUUCAGCCUUCACUGACCAGAUCCAUGACUGUUGGUGGAAACUUUCCCGAGACCGAACCUGAUGCCAACUCUCAGAGUCUGACUCAGAUAUAUGCGUUGCCUGAAAUUCCUCGAGAUCAAAACGCUGCAGAAUCCUGGGAAAACUUAGAAGCGGACUUAAUUGAACUUAGCCAACUGGUCACUGACUUCUCUCUCCUAGUGACUUCGCAGCAGGAGAAGAUUGACAGCAUCGAAGACCAUGUCAGCAGCGCCGCUGUGAAUGUUGAAGAGGGAACCAAAAACUUGGGGAAGGCUGCAAAAUACAAGCUGGCGGCUCUGCCUGUGGCAGGUGCACUCAUCGGCGGGGUGGUGGGGGGUCCCAUUGGCCUCCUCGCAGGCUUCAAAGUGGCAGGAAUUGCAGCUGCACUUGGUGGUGGGGUGUUGGGCUUCACAGGUGGAAAAUUGAUACAAAGAAAGAAACAGAAAAUGAUAGAGAAGCUUGCUUCCAGCUGUCCAGAUCUUCCCAGCCAAGCUGACAAGAAAUGCAGUUAGAGACCAAACUUUGCGUUCUUGACUGCCAGCUCGCUCUCUCCUAAUGAGGACGUUUGUGGCUGCUGGACAUUCAGCCGGCCCCUGGACCUUGAGUCUCUCGAGGGAGCGGCCGGAGCCACCCAAGUGCCAUGGGUCUGUGGCAAGUGGAGGUGGUUGGUGGUUUGCUGGACUGUGGCUGCAGAGGUGCUGGAGCUGGAGAAGCCAGGGCUGGGGGGCUGGGGGACAGGGGACAGGCAGCUAGCACCAGCUAAAGCAAGCUCCAAGACCUCCAGGCACCAGAUUUUCUCUUGGACACGUGAACCUGGAACCCGGAACUUUGUAUAGGGCUUGAACUGUAGACAUUUGGACUUGGAGACCCAAAGGAGCAGUGCAGGGGUCAGAGAGUGAGUCAGGAGCACGCGAGGGCUGCCAGGAAGCCCAGAGUGAAGUCGGUGUGGUGACCCGGACUGCAGCUUCCUCUGAUUGUCUUUUCUGGCGAAGGAAGCACAUCGCAUCAGGGAAGCGAAGGAGCUCCCGCCCGGAUUGCUGCACCUGUGGCACCGGCCACUUCUUCUGCCUUUCCUUAAAUAAAAAAACAACCAAGAAAAAAAAUCUCCAGUGUUAGAAGACUGAGCGAGCCAUCGUGGUGUUUGCUGACUUACGAGCAAGUCUGCUAAAACACCUUCAAGAUCCAGUGCUCUUUGCUUUUGAAAAUGUCUUUGGUGUUUUUGAGAGGGCAGGGAGGGGGGUGAAUUCUAAGCCAUGUGUGAUGAGGACUUUUCUCAUCAUCUUCUUUUUUUUUUACUCUUGUUCCGAUCUCUGUUCAACUUUUUUUGUAACCUCUAGGUUAGAGGAGGGAGGCGGGGAGGAAGGCAGGAAUCUCCAAUCUCCAAAUAUUGCCAACGUUGUUACUUUGAGCUAUUUUUUUUUUAAGUAGGGGGGAAAUGAAAAAGUCUUUUCUUGGGGGCAUUUUCCAAUUUCAGGGGCCGAUACACCUACCACAGGGGGGAACGUCGACCCUUGAGUCUGUGGGAGUAAAGCAGUAUUUCUCUACCUCAGUGUGUUUGUCCCGUUUGCUCUCAGGGCUUGCUCUUCCCGCGUCCCUCCACAGUCUCCCUGGCUGCCUAAGAAGGACACCCCCUCCACCUUCUCGCCCACUCAGCGGGGCUGGGAACAAGGCCCAGGCCAGACUCCCACCCGAUGGCGGGGCUGCGGUGCUAAGCCCACUUGACGUGACUUGCAGGCGGCAGGAAGCUCUGGAAGGCAGGCAGUUUUAAGUCCACAGUAACGGACAUCCUCCACUGGUACCCCCAGCUCACCUGAAAUAGGACGGAGACCCCUUUUGGCCUUUCCCUUGACGCCUCUCUGAGGACCCUGGGAUGGGCACCGCCUCACAGAAGCCGAAAGCGCACCCAGCUCAGGAGCCAGUGUGGAGGGGUCUGGGCCACCGGUCAGCUGAUCUGUGCCCCUGAGCCACUGACUGCAGUCCCUGUCCUGCUCCCCUUCCCCGGGCCUGGUCUUCAGUGCUGCCUUAGCCCCAUCCUGCCAGGCCAGAGCCAGCUGUGUUCUGCAGCCGAGGCUGGCGGCAGCUCACAUGUCAUCCUGAGUUUUCUCAUAUUGCUAGAGCAGUCUUCGUAUAAAGACAAGUUACAGCCCUUUAAAAAAAAAUGGUUCAUAGGGGCAGAAGCGAUAGUAGGGCAGUGGUUAGGACACUUGCCUUGCAUGUGGCCAACCUGGGUUCAAUCCCCAGCAUUCCACAUGGUCUUCCGAGCACCGCCAGGAGUGAGGGCCAGAGUAGAGAGCCAAGAGUAACCUCUGAGUAUCAACGGGUGUGACCCAAAAAGCCCCCUCUACCCCCCAAAAAGUUUCAUAAUACAGAAUUAUUUAGAAAUUGUAUUUUUCUGUAAUAGAUUUUAAUAGUCUGUAUUGGCAGAAGGUUUUAGAACUGUUUACUCAGCUAUCAGUAAUAUGUGAAUAAAUGAACCUAUAUAGAAAUAUAAAGCAGUCACUCUGACACAAGGUAAUCUUACAAUUAAAUGCCCUAAAGUAUCAGAUGACGUUUAUCUUCUUUGAGUCAUG